AUGACCUCCCUGCAUGAGAGUGGGGACCUGAUGCGCCAGGUGUACGAGCUGUCCCUGGACAUCUGCGUCGAGGCCCGGGACCUGGGCGAGACGCUCAAGUGCGCCCAGACCCUUGUGCACUCCCUGUACCCCAGGGCGGCGGCCGCCUCGUCCUCACCCGCCCCUACCGCGGCCUCUGCACACGUCGACGCGCAGCCCUGGGCGACGGCGGCCGCGGUGCUCACGCUAUGCCACGCUGCGCUGGAUCCUCGCGGGACGGGGGGCAUGACCACCGCGACCAGCCUCGCUGCCCUGCCGGAGGCCGUGCUGCGCAGCCCCGAGGUGCGCUGCGCGCUGGGCAUGCUGUGCGCACUGAGCCGCCGCGACUGGACUGCCCUGCUGUCCCGCGGCGCCGGGGCGCCCAGGCGGCUGCGCUGCGUGCUGGCGCAGCGCCUGGCGGCGGGCAGGGCCGAGGCGCUGGCCGUCCUCUGCGCCUCCUACCGCUCCCUGGAGGCCGAGGCAGCGGGGCGCUGGCUGCAGUGCCCCGCCGCCGAGCUGCCCGCCCUCCUCAAGGCCCUGGCGGAUGGAAUGCUCAGCCGGAGCUGGGCAGCGGCCCUGUGCCUGUUGUGUGCCGGCCUCGUCCAUGCCGAGGAGGAGCUUCCAUGCUUGUCAUGCGUCCUGUACUCGGCUGUCGACGCGACAGCCCUCCUGAAUGAGGUGCGGGAGCUGAUUGUUCAGUGCUGUUGGGGGAGUGGGGGGAAGUACCAUGGGAUCGCAGCCGAGACCUGCUCCGGACCAGGUGGUAUCCCAUUUCAUUCUCCAAAGCCUGCUCAUCACGCUGCGCCCUCGCCAUCAACCAAUAUACAGAUCACUGAUUCUGGGGACACUGUCUUUAACACCAAGCUGGCUUCUGGCUGGCAGCAGUUUGGACAGGGGGCUCGAUUCCCCGUCCCCAUGAAUGUGGUGGAGAACCGCAACGACAGCGACAACAGCAUUCCCCGAGGUCUCCUGACCGCCACCGUUGCACCCUGGGGAGAGUACAGCCUGGGUGCCACCGUCCCCUUUGCCGGGGAUGGCCUGCUCGAGCUGUGGAUCAAGGGGAGCGUCAUGUUUGGGGCCGCCAUCCAGUUCCGUGAUAGGCGUACGCUCCGGUCCUCCAGGCCGGCCUCCCUGAACAGCCGCUUCAACCCCACCACGUUUGUGGUGCUGGGCCCCGACGACAGCGGCUGGUUCAGAGCCCUGGUGAAUGUCACAGCCGCCACGGAUGUUCCAGGCUAUUCCUGCACCAGCAACACCUGGGACACCAUUUCCUUUGUCGACAUCUCAGGCCAGGGCUUUGCCCUGGCGAUCGCCGAGGCCAACCUGUUCCCCGAGGAGCAGGAGGUCCAGACGGAGUCGGCGACCACAGGCAUCCCCGCCUCCCCUUCCGACGUCGCGAUCAACUCCGCCAGCGACCUGGUCCCCCUCUACGGCCCCUCCGGCGAGCUGGUCAUCAACACGGGGGCGUUCCCUGACAGCUACGACUUCCUGCUGGCCCUCAAGCCCACCGCCACCUCCGGCGACGUGGCCAGGAUCUGCAACACCCUGGCCGGCACCGCCAGCGGGAAUGUGGCGGAGUUCAGGGGGAGUUGCAAUGCCGGGCUGCAGGCCCAGAUCCUGAACGCUGAGAUCGACUCGGACUCCCCUCUCAGCUGGCCCUUCACCAGCGUCACACUCAACUCCGAGUUUGACCUGAACAAGAUGCGGCAGGCUGUGGGGAGCGUAGUCCGCUACAUCGAGCGCGACCGCAUCACCGGCAUCACCGACGUCGACCUGCUGACGGAGGCCGGCGAGGCGGGGGGGGACCCCGCACCACGCAAGGAGCUGGAGGGCACGGUGCGGCGGGCGCUGCUCAGGGCGGCCACGCCCGAGGUGGAAAGCUUGGAAGAGGGCAAGCUCGUGGCGAACGAGGUGCUGACCGCGCAGAGCGACCCCAUCCCCUGGGGGCUGGACCGCAUCGACCAGGGCGCCCUGCCCCUCAACGGCGUGUUUGACCCCGUGGGGGGCGGCGCCGGGGUCCACAUCUACGUGCUGGACACGGGCCUGCUUUCCACCCACGAGGACUUUGUCGGCCGCGUCGGCGAGGGCGUGAACUCUGCGGGCGGGGCCGACACCAGCGAUGGGCAGGGGCACGGCACUCACGUCUCCGGCACCGCCAUGGGCACCCGCUACGGCGUGGCCAAGCAGGCCAUCAUCCACCCUGUGAAGGUGCUGGGCGACAACGGCGCGGGGUCCUACAGCAACGUCGUGGCGGGGCUGGCCUGGGUCAAACAGCACGUGGCCGCCAACGGCUGGCCGGCGGUGGUGUCGAUGAGCCUCGGGGGGGCCUUUUCCCCCGUCAUCAACGAUGCAGCCGCCGACGUCAUCGCGGCGGGCAUCCCCGUCGUGACCAGCGCAGGGAACGACUACGGCGGCGACGCCUGUUCCCAGAGCCCCGCCUCCCUCCCCGGCGCCAUCACCGUCGCCAGCAGCGAUGACAUGGACAUCAUCUCCGCCUUUUCCAACAUCGGGACCUGUGUGGACAUCUUUGCGCCCGGCUCCGACAUUACCUCCGCAGGCAUCGCCUCCAACACUGCGUCUGCGGUGCUGUCGGGGACGAGCCAGGCGGCACCCCAUGUGACUGGCGCUGUGGCCAUCAUCCUCGGCCAGAACCCAGACCUCACACCUGACCAGGUCAAGGCCAGGCUCGUGGCAGGGGGGGCACCGAUCUCGUUCAGCCCCUCCACCGCCCCCGUCUUCCUCCAGACGCAGGCCAACACUAUCUGA